CGAGGCUAAGCGCGCUGUCCAUUGGGGCAUGGACCUUGCCGCCUUCUCCACUCCUCAAAUCAAACGCAUCCUCAAAGUGGCUUCUCUUGACCAAGAUGUGUUGGAUGCUCUAAUGCUAGUUAAGAGACUUGGGCCCGAUGUUAAAGAAGGAAAGCGGAGGCAGUAUAACUAUAUAGGUAAACUGCUGCGGGAAGUUGAACCAGACUUGAUGGAAGCAUUAAUUCAGGCAACAAAAGAUGGAGACCAUCAUACGCUGCAUGCUUUAGCUGGCUCAGAGGCAAAAAUCAUUGGAGAUGAUGACCAAGAGUCUGAAGAAAGUGAGAAUGAGGAGGAAGAAGAGGAAUCACUUGAGCAUAUCAACAAGGCAACUAGAUGGUUCGACGGCCUGAUAAGUAAGGAUGUUCAAAUUACAAAUGAGGUUUACUCAAUUCAGAAUGUUGAUUUUGAUCGUCAGGAAUUGCGCAAACUUGUGAAGAGAGUACACGCAAGUGAAGAAAGCAGGACUGUUGUUGAAGUAAAUGAAAGGGAAGUUGAUGCAGCAAUUAUAAGUGCCAAAAAGUCCCUCACUCGUUUUCUUCGCAUCCUUGCCAAGCGUAUAGCGGUGGAUGAUGUCUAAUUAAUUUUGUAUAUAGCAUCAUUAUUAUUCUUUU